UGACCGGGUUCGCUUGUCUCUGCUCCAAUCGCAUUGCUCAGAUGUGACGCUCGAGAUUCAAAGUUGGUCAGCGAGGCGUAGCUAGGCUAGCUUCUCAAUGGCAUGUUAUGUUUUCAGCAGUAACGAUAGUCUGCAUUAAUAUUUGGUAGAAUCUCUCGUUUAUGAAAGUUGUGUAACUUUUGUGUGUGUUAUUGGACCAGAAUGGAAGGUAAAAUGAUCGGACCGGGUCCAUACAGGGCAACAAAGUUGUGGAAUGAAACUAUCAAGCUCUUCCGUGGAGGCAUGCCUCUGAAAAGACACUGGGCAUACUUCCGUAGCUAUGACAACAGCUUCACUGGAUCUGAAGCUGUUGAUUGGCUACAUGAGCUGCUGAAGCGAAACCAUAACUUUGGGCCAGAGGUGACCCGGUACCAGACCCUGCAACUGCUCAGGAAAUUUAUGAAGAACCACGUCGUUGAGGAUGUCAAGGGCCGCUAUGGUAAAGAAGACUUUGAGGACAGUGGUCAAGUCUACAGGUUCCCUCCUACGUCCCCCCUGAAGCCCCUGCCCCAGCGGACCCCAGUGUCAGAGAACUGUGACCUGCCCCGCCUCAUCCGCUGGGACGACUACGAGGAACUGCCGCAGCCAGAGAAGAUCCCCAUGAAGUCUCUGAUCCUGAACUCAGAGACGUGGAACAAGAGACACAGCAUAGCCAUUGGAGAGGUGCACGAGUGCAAAAUCAUACGUAGGAGUGACAUCACCCCCAAGCAAGUCGACCAAAUCUGGAAGAAAAUGACAAUCGCACAUUUGCAGAGAGUGCUGGGUCUGAAGACAAUGGAUGGAGUGUUGGAUCCCAAACACGUGAAUGCAAAGCAUAUAAUUCACAACGUAUUCAGUGUCAAUAAAACAGGAAUAGUUAUUGUGAAGAACAAAGCGGAGGACAUGCCCUAUUGGGUUCUAUCAGCAAUGAAGUGCCUAGCCAACUGGCCCAACGGUAGGGAGACCAAGCAGCCCAUGUACCCAGGCUUUGAGCGUGAUGUGCUGCGGACGGUGGCUGAGUACUUCCAGAGACUCAAAGAGCCCCUGUUGACCUUCCAGCUCUAUGAAGUCUUUGUCAACAUUCUCAGUCUGCUGCAGCAGAAAGAGGUGGCAGCAGAGGCCCUCCAGGUGUGCAGCCUCCUCCUGCCACCGGCCAACCGCCGCAGACUCCAGCUGCUUCUCCGCCUCAUGGCCAGGGUCUGCCAGAACCCCGCCCUUCCACCGCUUAACGAUGCCAUAGCAACACGCACCCUGAUGGUGCAGACAUUCUCGCGCUGCAUCCUGGGCUCUGCAGAGGAGGUGGACCUGGACGAGCUUCUGGCCACCAAGCUGGUCACCUUCAUGAUGGAGCACCACGACAGUGUCCUCAGGGUGCCCUCUAACCUGCACAGACAUGUGGAUGAUCACCUCUCCCACCUCAGGAGGGUACAGAUAAAGUAUGCUGGUGCCGAUACAGACGCCUCCCUGGUGUCUCCGUCGUACUGCAGGAAGAUUAGCAGGGCAGAGUUUGAGGAGCAGAGAGUCUCCAGCUCCCAGGGGCCCAUGCAGGAGCUGCUGGAGGGCCUCAUCGCCGACACUGAGCUCUCAGCCAAGGACAAGAGGAAGAGACUCAAGCAGUUCCAGAAGUCCUAUCCGGAGAUCUACCGCAGGCGGUUCCCCACAGCGGAGAGCAAGGCUGCCGUCUUACCAGAGAAAGCACCACGGCUCAAACCCCAGCUCGUGCUCCUAACCCUAAAGAAACCCUUCCAGCCUUUCCAAAGGAGUUGGAGCUUUAGGACCUAACUCUCACCUCUGACUCUGCACGUCUGACCUCUACAGUGUGGCCAGGAGACAGGGAGGAUUAUGUGUGUUGGAGUGUUUGGAGCUUAUUCCACAGCAGGUCAAUGAGAAUAGAAUUCACAGGGGUAAAGUGGCAAUAGAUGGAAUAGUGUUGCCAAUUUGACUUACUAUACUAGAAACUACUGUUAAACUAAGAAGAGAAGUAUAGUAGAAACUACUGUUAAACUAAGAAGAGGAUGCUAGGGAUCCAUAAAGGGCAGCUUGUGUUAGCCAAUUAAACAGUGACUGGAAAUUAUCAUGCAUAACAGGCCCAUAGCAUUGGUCACUACAGGUAGAAUUAGAAAUGUGUGUGCCAUGUUUAAAUUGGUUUUUAAAAAUGAAACAAAAAUGACCCCCUUUUCCUCCCCAAUUUCGAUCUUGUCUCAUCGCUGCAACUCCCCAAUGGGCUCGGGAGGUGAAAGUCGAGUCAUGCGUCCUCCGAA